AUUUACCGCUUACACUCAUCUCGACCAACCUCUUUCUCUACUCACUCGGAUCCUCUGCAAAUCACGAAUAUCACGUCAUCUAAUCGGUGGGAUUUUGAACAGGAACAGCGGACUAUUUAUCCACUGCACAGGCUUUUGCCAAAAUGGCGUCCCUUAAAGUCAACAUUCCAAUUCCUGCUCCUUCGGGAUCCACGGCCUUCAUUCAGGCUCUUAAAGUUUGCCUCGCGGCAUCUGCCUAUGGGGUUCCGGUUCAGUUUGUCAAAGUUUCCGGACAGACCAACAUAAGUCUUGAAGUUCCAAAAGAGAGCAAAAUUCUAAUAGACGCGAACGCUAUCGUUCGGUACUUUGCUACUGUUGGGUCAAAGCCUUGGUUGAAAUCUGGAGAGGAGGCCUUGAAAGACUCUGCUCUCAUUGAGUUUGAGGAGUCCGGACAAGGAAUCAAGGCUGCGGGCGUCGCCGAGAGCGUCAUUUCCAAAGCAAAUUUCCCAGCAGACCCAACACUCCCUCCGAGUCCUGGGGAAAUAGUUCUCUUCUCAAAUUUGUGGGAUUUGGCUUCAACCUCGGCUUCAGAUAACAAAUCUACUCUCUCGAGCUGGCUCACUAGAAUCAUUGGAACAGAAUGGGCCAAGAUCGGAAUUGAACAAGCUGCUACUCACACAGCAGACAAGUUAGUUACAAAGAGCGCUGAGGAAGGUUCUGAGAAGGGUGCUGGUAAAGGUGCUGUAAAGAGCAUUUCAGUUCUGGUAGAUGACAGACAACGUAAGAUGGUUCGGAGGAUCAAAGAGGGUACGAACAUGAAGAUUAGGGAUCCUAACGAACCUAUACUCCCGGUUCCUGGCGAGAGAAAUGUUCUAAUUACCGCUGCUCUUCCUUAUGUUAACAACGUGCCUCACCUUGGGAAUAUUGUUGGGAGCGUUCUCAGUGCAGAUGCAUUUUCUAGAUACGCAAAGGCUCGCAAUUACAAUACUCUCUAUAUUUGCGGAACUGAUGAGUAUGGAACUGCCACAGAGACCAAGGCUCUAGAGGAGGGUAUCACCCCUCGGGCCCUAUGCGACAAGUACAACACUGAGAUUGCUCAAGACAUCUUCCUAAACCUUCAGAAAAACGAUUUGUUAGUCGAAGAGUCUAUGACUCAACUGUUUUGUGAGAAGCAUCAAGGAUUCUUGGCCGACAGAUUUGUUGAAGGUACAUGUCCCAAGUGUGGUUAUGAGGAUGCAAGAGGUGACCAGUGCGACACUUGCGGUCUUCUACUGGAUCCUUUUGAACUUAUAAACCCGAGAUGCAAGCUUGAUGGAACCGGUCCUAUCAAACGUGACUCAAAACACAUCUUCAUUCAACUCGACAAACUCCAACCCGAAAUUGAGGAGUGGGUUAGCAAGGCUUCUGAAGAGGGCCAAUGGUCUAAGAAUGGCCGGAUAAUCACUGAAUCUUGGCUAAAGACUGGGCUUAAACCACGUUGCAUAACGCGCGAUCUUACUUGGGGAACUCCGGUGCCCGUCCCAGGUUAUGAGGAUAAGGUUAUGUACGUUUGGUUUGAUGCUUGCAUUGGAUACGUCUCUAUUACUGCCAAUUACACCAAGGAAUGGGAGAAAUGGUGGAAGAAUAAGGACGAAGUCAAGCUCUAUCAGUUCAUGGGCAAAGACAAUGUUCCUUUCCACACUGUUGUUUUCCCCGGAAGUGAAAUUGGCACUCGAGAGGGAAACUGGACUAUGUUGCAUCAUAUCAGUACUACGGAGUAUCUGCAAUAUGAGGGGGGCAAGUUCUCUAAGAGCAGAGGGGUUGGUGUGUUUGGAAACAAUGCGCGAGACACCGGUGUUCCACCUAGUGUUUGGCGUUACUACCUUUUGUCCUCCCGCCCAGAGACGGGAGAUACACAGUUUGUUUGGCAAGAUUUUGCUACCAAGAACAAUUCCGAGCUUCUAGCGAACCUCGGAAAUUUUGUUAAUCGUCUCAUCAAGUUUAUUAAUGCUAAAUAUGCUGGGGUGGUUCCCGAUUACACUAUCGGGAUCAAUGAUAUAUCCUUCGGUCAAUAUAAGGAAUCAGUCAAUGCGCUGCUGAAAUCCUAUAUUGAGGAGCUCGAAAAUGUUCAUAUCCGUGCUGGUCUUGAGAGGGCUAUGGCAAUUUCCGGUGAAGGCAAUAGGUUCUUGCAGGACAACAAAUUAGACAACGCACUGUUCACAAACUCUCCUAAGAAGGCAGCUGCCGUAGUUGGUUUCGGCAUCAAUCUCAUAUACCUCCUCUCUGCCCUCAUCUAUCCAUACAUGCCUGCAACUUCCGAAUCGAUAGUCAAGCAACUCAAUGCACCGCACCGGUCUAUCCCAGAUGUUUGGGAUGUCGAUGGUCUGCUUCCGGGCCACGUUAUCGGAAGAGCCGAAUACCUUUUUAGCAGAAUCGAAGAGAAGCAGGUUCAAGAAUGGAAGAGCAGGUACGGCGGUAAGCAAGAUGUAGCCGCACAGGACACAAAGGAGGGGAAAAGGAAGGGGAAAAAGAAGGGGAAAUUAGCGGCCAAGCAGCAAAAUGCUGAGGGGGAAGAGGCGGUGAGCCCUGGUUCUGCGUCCACUUCUACAGCUGGGGCGCAAAUUAAACUGGUAGUCUAAGUUGAUCGGUCAUCCGCCGCCGUUUCAUCUUGAAAAUUUUCUUCGGAGUUCGGAAGAGGCUAGGGGUAGUGAAUUAUCCUGUUUGGUUUAUUUUUUUUCCCUUUCGGUCUUUCCUCCUUGUGAUACGCAGGAUAGAUCGACAUGCGAGAUACACCGAGUGAGAAUUAAAGUGGCUUUACUACAACUAUAUAUAUAUUUACUAUUUCUAGUAUUGGGUCUGUUUGUGAUUGGUUAGCCGCCGUGUUUGUAUCUUGUUGGGGCUUGUCAGAUCGGUGUCAUUCCUUAGAUAUCCGUUGUCAGCCUGGGCGACCAUGAAUCCAGUCUCCCAAAGAUACUACUCGAGUGCUGUUGUGAUUUAUCUGGAACUGCCUGUGAUCACGCAGCACUAGGAUCCAACUCUUGAGGACCUUAGAUGCCGCAUAAAUUUUCUCACCAGUUUUAUGUGGAGCCGGGUGGGGAGACCUCUAUUCGAGUAUUUCGCCAUCAGGCGCCCGUUCACUCCCACAUGCUUGAGUUACACGCUCAUGCGGACAGCUGGGGUGACUUUUUUUUCUUUUCUUUCAAUAUGCGAGAGGUCUUAAUGACUUGCUCUUAUUUACCUCCACGCAUGUGGCUUGCAUGGAACCUUUUAUCUUGCUA